AUGUCACUGAUAUUACCGAAGAAACGAUCUAAGAAUGGAGCAGCAGACAGAAGAUAUGGAAGUGUCAACAACAAUACUGUGUCAACGACCAUCACCUCCUCACCUACAGGAAUGACAAUAGCAGGAUCCAAUAGAGUGAUCUCACAGAAUAGAAUGAUAUCUCUGUCAAGACAUAUAAGUCGCUCAUUAGCACAUGAUGUAGAUGAUGACCAUAUAGAUACUUCAUUUGAUGAAGGUGGUGGUAUUAGAUUCAAUGAAAAUAAACAUACAAUUUUAUCAAAUUUUGAAGAAUGGAUUAAAAUGUCAACAGAUAACAAAAUUACUCUGAAAAAUUCAUGGCAAUUUGCUUUAAUUGAUUAUUUCCAUGAUUUGAAUGUUAUUAAAGAUGGUGAUAAUAUUAAUUUUCAACGUGCUUCUGCUACUUUAGAUGGUUGUGUAAAGAUUUAUCUGUCAAGAGUUGAAUCUGCUGCUUCUGAAACUGGGAAAUUAUUAAGUGGAUUAUCAACGAAAAAGAAUGAAAUGGAAAAUGAACAAAAUGAAGAUGAUGACGAAGAUGAGGAUGGUGAAGAUGAUGAAGAUGAAGAAGGAGUCGAAGGAGGGGCACAAAAGACACAAGGUGAAAGUAAUGAAGACAAAGAAGUCGAUGGCGAUGAAAGGAAAAAGAGAAAGACUAAUAAAAGUGUUGAUUCUACUUUAGUUGAAUUUAAAAAUAUCAGAAUUAAGAAAUUGGAACAAGAACUUGCAAUUGAUCCAUUAUUUAAAAAGGCAUUAGCUGAAUUUGAUGAAGGUGGUGCAAAAUGUUUAUUAUUAAAUACAUUAAAUAUUGAUUCGAAUGGACGUGUCGUAUUUGAUGCCACUACAAAUCCACAUAAGGACGAAGCAGAUGAAGAGGAAGAAGACCGAAUUGACCAACAACACCCCAUUUCCAAUCCAGAUAUUAAUAUAGAUUCAUUGAAACAUUUCAUUUUUAAGAAUGAACAAGACAGCUUGGAUCAAAUAACAAUAUGUCCUUCUCUUGAUGAAUUCCAUUCAGCAAUAGAUGAUGUCGGUAAUGCAAAGAGUAUCUUAAACGACUUCAACACCAAAAUGAACGACACUACAAAUCAAGAAAUACUAGGACCCUCCAAUGUUCCUUCCUCAGAUGAAUUUGAAAACGAUAACGACAUGGGAAGUCAACAAUAUGGUGACGAUUUUUAUGAUGAUAUUAAUGAUAAUGAUGAUUCUCAUAGUGUAAAGGAUGACGGAGAAUCCGUACUCCAUAAACUCCUCCAAGGAGAAGAAGACUCGCAAGAGGUUGAAAUCGAAAAGUAUAAAGUUAUGGAUGAAGAUUUAAUGGCAUAUUUCGAUGAAAGAAUGAAAUCAAACUGGAGAGGUCCUGAGCAUUGGAAGGUUGCAGCAUUCAAAAAAUCCAGAAAUCUUGAUCAGCAAGAAGAAACCAACUCCAAACCCCAAGAAACUGGUGAAUCUACAGCCUCAAACAGAAAGAAGAAAGCGCAAAUAUUGGUGGAUUUCUUUAAUGAAGAAGAAGAACCAGAUGAAGAUGUUCUCUUCGCCAUACCGAAAACCGCAGCCUCAUUACAUAAAAAACCUCAAUCAAAUCGAUCUAAUAUCUUACCCGAUGAUAUCAAAUAUUCUUCAGCAAGAUUAAUAACCCUAUUUACAAAACCACAAAUUCCAAUCAUGAAAUAUAUUCAAAAGAAAAAACAAAAACCUGAUCUCACCACCAAUCAAAUCAUCACCGAUGAGAAUUAUUUCGCCCAACAAUAUCAAAUCCAGGAUGAAGAACAAGAAGCCGAUGAACGAGAACGUGAACGAUUGGCUCAUUCAUUCCAUCAGGCUGAGAAUGAAGAUUAUAAUAAUGAUUUUGGUGGGAUUGAUUUCAACGAUGCAUUUGGAUCUACAUCGGGUGAAGUACUUGCUGAUAUUGGACAAGAUAUGGAUAUGGAAGAAGGUGGUGGCGACGGCGAUGAUGGUGGUGACGGUGCUGGUGGAGAUGAAGAACCGGCGGUUUCUACACAGGUUGAAACUGCUGAACCCGAGAGUAUUAUGGGAAGAAGACGACCUGAAUAUGUCAAUUUUUCGAGGGUUGCCAAAAGAGUUGAUGUUAAAUUACUUAAAGAUAAUCUCUGGAAUGCAAUCGUAAAAUCGAAACCAAAACCAGCUGUUAUUGAAGAGGUUGAUAAUAAGACCAAUGAUGAACAAAGUGAAGAACCUGAGAUGAAAGAAGAAAAAAUAAUUCAAUUUGGAGAUAUAAUACAAAGCAUUAAUCGAGUAUACAAACCAGAACAAGCUAAGGAUAUUUCCACGAGUUAUUGUUUUAUUUGUUUGCUUCAUUUGGCAAAUGAACAUGGAUUAAAGAUUAUUGAUAAUGAAACUCAUAAUGAUUUGAAAAUUAAGGGAUUUUAA